AUGUCUGUGGGUCUGCACACGCGAAAUGUCGUGAAGCCUGCUCCUGCAUCCUCACAUUUCGACAAUUGUAAAAUUCAGGUAUCCAAGAGCAGAACUAAGAUGAAGAAAGGCGAGGAGUCCGAUUUUAGCGCAGCCGUCAGGGAAACUAACGAACGCAGGUCCUACGAGCUUGUCAGUUCAACAUAUUACUAUUGGGGAUCGUUGCUCGACAAUUCAAACGUGGACUGCCUACUAACCUCAGAAAAGCAGUGUAUUCUGAUUGAUGCUCCUCCGACCAUGCUGUGUGGUCGAGAAAGGUGUCGGUUUGCAUUUGUCGUCAAAGAGCGGGACAUUAAAUACCACUCAAUCAAGUGUGCUGCCAAUGAAUUGAUAAUCAGCGGUUGUGCAAAGAAGUUAGGCAAAUUCAUCGCUGAAGAGCAUUUACAACCAGUACAGAGGCAGUAUAUUUGGCGAGAAGAACAGAUCUCUCCAAUUCUGAAUAGCCCGGCAGCCACAUUUGACUCACUGUAUCAAGUUGGAAAAGUGCAGAGAAGGAAGAUCCUGUUCCCAGACAACAAAUCCAUACAAGUCAUUUCCAUAGUCGUUGCUGAUCUUCGACCCGAAGAGCGAAAUGUCAUUAUCAACGACCUUGCCAAAUUCAAGGAUUUUGGCUGCCUGAACAUUCAACGGUUAUGGGGCAGUAUGGUGACCGACACGCGAAUUACUAUCUUUCUCGAAGACACUGCGGUUGAAUCGUUAUCGGAUUAUGUGACAGCAGAUGUCAGAAGCAACGCUGAGGUGGUCAUUUUUGGUCUUUCGACAGGUUUGAUUCCAAAAAGAAUUUAUACAGAGGAUGUGGAACGCUGGAUGCCAUGGGAAUGUCUCACAGGCAGUGAUGGCACCAAACCGGAUCCAUACGAUCAGCCAGCAGUGAUUUGGACUCUAGCCACAAUGAUUUGGAGCAUGUUUCAUCGAGCUGCAAUUCCUUUCGAAAACGAAACCGUUUCUGAGAUAAGAAGUAGAGCCUAUCGAAAGGAUGCCACAUUAGACGUGAUGGAAGAGCUACUACCGAAUGGAUUGCUAGAGGUGCGUGAGAAUACGAAGCGAGAUCAUCUGCAGCAUGUCGGUCUUGGGCAAGAUAUGGGGAGUGGCUACGAUUGUCUUGACUAUAUUUAG